AUGUCUGGAGGAGCCCCUAUCCCCGUCGCCGUCAAGGGCCAUGAGAUCCUCUGCCUCGAAGACAUCAAAGAACGAGCAGACGCCAAUCUCCCGGAAAUGGCGAGAGAAUUCUACAACUCCGGCUCGACGUACCAGACCACCAUCGCCGAGAACUCGUCCGCCUUCGGCAAGUAUCGCCUCCUGUCGCGCGUGUUGGUCGACGUGUCCCAACUCACCACCCAGACCCAAUGCCUCGGCCGGACGGUGAAGUUUCCCCUGGGCGUCUCCCCCGCCGGCCUCCAGGCCAUGGCCCAUCCCGACGGCGAACUUGCCACGUCCCGCGCCUGCGCGAAGAUGGGCGUCAACAUGGGCAUCUCGAGCUUCGCCAACUACACCGUGCGCCAGAUCGUGUCGGCCGGCCAGGCCCAGGCCGAGGCGGACGGCGUCGAACUCGGCGGGCCGCACUACGCGAUGCAGCUGUACAUGAUGCGCGACCGGGCCAAGCAGGAGCGCAUCAUCGCGGCGGCCGAAGACGCCGGGUGCAAGGCCAUCUUCCUCACGGCCGACAGCCCGGUGCUGGGCGUCCGGUUCAACGAGUGGCGCAACGACUUCCGCACCCCCGACGGCCUGGGCUUCCCCGUGCUCGAGUGGACGAGCGAGGCGAUCCGUCAAGCCUCGCACGACACCGCCUUCAUGUCGUUCAACGACGACACGCACAGCUGGGCCCGGGACAUUGCGUGGCUGCGGUCGCGCACCAAGAUGGAAAUCUGGAUCAAGGGCAUCGUCGCGGCCGAGGACGUCGAGCUCGCCAUCCAGCACGGCUGUGACGGCGUGCUCGUCAGCAACCACGGCGGGCGGCAGUUGGACGGCGUGCCUGCGACCUUGGACGCCCUCGUCGAGUGCGUCGACGCCGCCAAGGGGAGGAUCCCCGUGCACAUGGACGGCGGCGUGCGGAGAGGCAGCGACAUCUUUGUCGCCCUCGCCCUCGGGGCACAGCACGUCUGGGUGGGGAGGCCGGCGAUCUGGGGUUUGGGGUACAAGGGGCAGGAAGGGGUCGAGAAGAUGCUCGCCGUGCUCUACGAGGACUUUCGGAGGUGCAUGGCCCUGUGUGGGUGUCGAACCGUGGCCGACAUCAAGCGGAGCUGUCUGAGGCGCAUGGGGGUGGAUGGGGUGUUGAGGCGGGUGGAGUGA